CGCACUGUAAUGAAAUACACUUUGCUUGCACUGCCCACCUCCCCUUCCCCUUUCCGUUUGUUUUUUUUCUCACAUCGUGUUUUCUUCUCAAUCUCCCAGUCCUAGUUGCCGCAAGCUUGUUUUGAUGUCCAUGCGAUAGUCACCGUUGCUCUUCAUCGCCUUUAACAAUUUAUUCAUUGGGACAAGGAGCAGCUUGUUUCUUAGUCAAAUCUAUUCUUCGAUUUCAGCUGGACAAGGAGACGCAUCACCAUCUGCACCGAUUCUGUCGGCUGUGUCUUCAGUGCUUCGAUCGUCUGCUGCUAUCAAUUCUUCUGUGCUUUGGUCGUUUCUUUCAUCCAAGCAAUCUAUCCUUAGAUCGAUUAUUCUUUAGUCGGCUAUUUGGUUUGAGCAUAUAUUAGUCAUUUUAAAGUAGAAGGUAUGGGACAUAAUGAUUCUGGUGGAUCCGAGAAGAAAUCAAGUGAAUCUGCUAAUGAUAUACAAACUUUCAAUGCUGAAAAUUUGCAAAGUAACAUGAAAGUUAUAUAUUACAGCCGGACAUUUUUGGCUAUCAUCAGUGGGGUGAUUGCUGGAAUUUUGGGAUUCACGGGUUUGACUGGAUUUAUCUUUUAUGUCCUUAUCAUGGCCAUCACUUCACUAGGACUCGUAGCCAAAGCAAAGUUUUCUGUUCAUUCAUACUUUGACUCUUGGAACCGAAUUAUACUUGAUGGCUUUUUUGGUGGGCUUAUGUCGUUCGUGCUAUUCUGGACCUUUGCAUAUGAUAUCGUGCAUAUAUUCUGACAAGGGAUCUGUUACAUCUUGAUGGAAGGAAAGCCAGUGCUAGUGCUGCUGCCGCUGCCGCUGCUGCUGCUUGUGACCUCCAGUUUAUAUCACACACCAGAGCUUGAACGUAUGUUUGAUGUUUCUAUCAAUUACCAAAUUUAUCCUUAUAAUCAUUUUUGAAGUUUGGUUCUGUGGAUUUCAUACUUAUAGGCUUGACUGUAGAAUAUUGCAAGGAAGCUGCUUUGUGUUGUUUCUGAUGCUUUUCUAAGUUAUACGUUGAGGAUUGUUCAAUGGAUGUAUGUUUUAAGCUUUAA